AUUUUCAUGUCACAGUUUCAAAACAAGUUCAAAUCUUAAAUUAUAAUAUAAAAUCUAUCGAUUUGUUCGUAACUGCUGUUAAUAUUGUUCUAAUUUGAACAUGGAAUCUAGUGCCCCAAAACUGAGGAAGCGGAAAGCUGUAGAAUAUACUGAAGAUGACGAUACUGAUAAUACUCCGAAGAAGAAAACUAAAACUGUAUCGAAGCCUAAAAAGGUGCCAAAAGUUACAUCAGUUAAAAGAGCAAAAACAGUAAAGGAUGGUGAAAGCAGUAAAAAGAUAUCGAAGCCUAACGAAACAAAGGCCAAGAGUAAAGUUACCAAAACAGCUGCAGAGAAUGAUGAAGAAAAUAACUCGUUUUUUGGCAAUGAAAAUGUAUCAAAUGAAGUAUGGAAUGAGGCUGAAAUGUUAGCCCAAGUAGAGAGAAUCCCUCUUCAAUUAGCACAGAAUCUGAUAGGACUACUCACAGAAGGUUGUACACUGCCAUUUAUAGCCAGAUACAGAAAAACUGUUGUGGAUAAUCUAAUGCCUGAUAGACUCCAGGAAUUACAUGAAAGUUAUGAAAAUAUAACACAACUAAAGAAAAAAGUAAAGUCUGUCAUAGAGACUCUGAAAAAGUCCAAAAAGUUGACACCAGAUAUUCAGAAAGGUAUAUUGAAUGCUCGUAACUUAUCUGAACUAGAUUUGAUUUAUGCACCGCUAAAAUCACAUUCGUUAUCGCUUGCCGAAAGAGCCCGUAACCUUGGGCUGGAGUCUCAUGCAGUGAUAGCAUUAAAUGGGGAGUAUGUUAAUCUCAACAUGCUGUGCACCGCCAAUGACGAAUUGGGAACCGUUGAUAAAGUGGAAUCUCAUGUCACUCAUAUUAUAGCUGAUAUAAUAUACAAGGAUACUAGAGUUUUAGAACAUAUGAGAAGCCUGAAAGAAGAAACCAGGUUUACGAUCCAAAGCAGUAGAACAAAGAGUUCAACCAAAGACAAGGUAGAUGAUAAGAAGAAAAUGGACACUAAGUCAGAUCCCGACACAUACAAAUUGUAUUUUGACUGGAAGUGCCCUAGUCAGUUUGUGAAACCACAUCAAACUUUAGCAUUGAAUAGAGGGGAAGACGAAAAAAUACUGUCAGUCAAAGUUGUUGUACCUGACUGGUUUUAUAAUAAACUUGAAAGGUACUGUCUAACAUUAUGGAAAAGUGGUUUCUGGGUUCGCAAAGGCCUAGGCGACGCGUAUAAUCGCCUAAUAAAGCCCUGGUUGUCGAGACAUGUUAGGUCUGACCUAACAGCCACUGCCCAGAAAGAAGCAGUGAAAACAUUUACCACAAAUCUAGAGAAAUACCUUCUUACAGAACCUAUUAAAAAUAGAACUAUCCUGGGUUUGGAUCCAGGUUUCAGAGCUGGCUGCAAGGUUGGUAUAAUAAAUUCGAAUGGCGAGAAACUAGACGCGUGUACUAUACACCCAGAUUUGAGACAACAUAAAUCAUUUGAUCCUGCUGCCAAACAAUUAAAAGAUCUCAUUAGUCAAUAUGGUGUAGAGCUAAUUGGAUUAGGAAAUGGUACAGCCUGUCGUGAAACAGAGUUGUGGCUCAAGAAACAUAAUUUGUGUGAAAAUGUUCCCAUCAUAAUAGUGCCAGAACAAGGCGCUUCUAUUUACUCCAUAAGCAAAGAGGCUCAGAAGGAACAUCCAAAUAUGGACCCAAACUUAAUUUCAGCUUUGUCAAUAGCUAGAAGAGUGUUGGACCCUCUGGGAGAACUUAUAAAAGUUGAUCCCAAAAACUUAGGUGUUGGUUUAUAUCAGCAUGAUAUUCCGCCAAAAAUGCUAGAAACAGCCUUAGAUAGUGCUGUGGAAAAAGUGGUCAGUUUAGUAGGAGUUGAUAUCAACACAGCAUCUCAAGCAAUGUUGAGGCGCAUAUCAGGCCUCAAUGAGGGAAGAGCUAAGAAAAUAAUAGAAUACCGCCAAGAAAAUAGUGGCUUCCAAUCAAGAGCAGAGAUCAUGAAAGUUCCAGGAAUUGGAAAAAUUACAUUCCAGCAAUGUGCUGGAUUUCUAACAGUAUUAGAUAGUUCGGAACCUUUGGAUACCACUAUUAUACAUCCCGAGAGUUAUAAAAUUGCCAAAUCGUUUGCCAAAAAGAUAGGCGUGAACUUAAAAGAUCUCACGAAGCCCCACUUUCCUCAAGUAGUCGAUAGUAAAGUAAUAACUAUAAACAUAAGCCAAACUAGUGAAGAAUUAUCUACUGACGUUUGUACACUGGAGCUCAUUAUAAACGCAUUUAAGCAAAAGAAGUAUGAAGACAACGUGAUCACGUUUUGUAAACCUGUAUAUUCUGUUGCCGUCCUAAAUACGGAACAGCUGAAAGAAGGCACUACAUUAACAGGUGUUGUUCGAAAUGUAGUUCCCUUCGGAUGUUUCGUGGACUGCGGCGUGGGUGACAACGGCCUCAUUCAUCGCAGCAACUUAGGCGGCAACAAAACGCCGAAACUAGGUGACAGAGUCGCCGUCACCGUGAUUUCCUCUCCAAAACCCAAGAAAAUACAGCUAAGACUUGACAGAAUAUUAGACUGAUACCAGUAGGUAACUAUAUAAUAAUAAUUUAUUUCAAUUGUGAUAUUGAUGUUAGUUGAUUAUUAUUAUUGAGUAAAAUCAUUUUCUUAUAA